UGAAUUACUGUACUUACCGAGUAUCUUUUCCACAAAAGUUAAAAAUAGAUCCUAAUUGUUAGUCUUACUGAAGGGCAGAAACAUUGAUUUUGAAAGCCACUAACCUUGAACCGGGGACUGCUACAGCAGGGUAAAUUACAGAUUCAGGAGGUAUCCCUUACGUGGAGCUGGAAAUGCCUGCAGGUGUGUCUUGGCCUCGCUACCUCAAAAUGUUUGGGGCGAGUAUUUUAACCAUGUUUGCUGGUGCAGAAGUGGUUCAUCAAUACUACAGACCCGACCUGUCUAUUCCCGAAGUUCCCCCCAAGCCUGGUGAACUGAGAACAGAACUCCUCGGAGUCAAAAAAACAGACAAGCAGUCCUGAUGUUUAACACAAGUCUUUGUACAUUUUGGACAAUCUAUUAAAGGUUCUGUGAAGUACUGCCCUUUAAGAAAUAAGGGAGAGCUGGAGUUGAGGUCAGACUAGCAAGCAGUAAACAAUGUGCUAGAAACAUGGAAUGGAAAAUAGAAAAUUAAGUGAAAUAAGCCUCUCAUUUCUAAUACAAUAUUGCAAGAUAUUACAUUUGCAAUAACAAUCUGAAGAAAAAAGGGACACUGAUUUACAGACAGCUUAAACAUCUUUUCGAACCAUCUCGAAUCUAAAAGUUGCAGCUUGAAAAAAAUGAAUGGUUGUCAAUACUGCCAUUUUCGAAAAAAGAAACAAAAGGUGCAACAAAGAAAAUCUGUUUAUAUGAACAUGAUAAACAUUAACACCCAGUUUUGUUUUUUGUUUUCAAAUUUGUUUUUUAUUUGCACAAAUAACAAAAACAGAUAAAGAAAACAUAACAUACAAAUAAAUAAUAAAUAAAUAAAUAAAUAAAUAAAUAAUGAGUCUAAUGCUAUUGUUGCCAAUGUUGGGGCCCAAUUAUAUAUGUAUCCUGCCAAUAAUUUGAGAAACUACACCUGCCCACAUACUUAUCGUGGCAGAGCCGGCUAAAUGUAAUUUAGCUGUGGAUCUCUCUAGCAUCGCUAUAUCAUGGAAAAAACUUAACCAUGCAGCUUUGUAUGAUAUAUCAGGCUCCACCCAGCCCCUCAGGAUAACUUUGUUUGCCACAGUCACCCCUGCAAGAAAAAUCAGUUUAGAGUGAAUACUAAGAUUAAAUGAGUCGUCAUCUGCCAAGAGAAGCGGCAAUUGAGUGCCAAUCAAUCCUGAUAUGAUUGGAACAACAUAUUUCCAAAAAUCUUGAAUUUUGGGACAUUACCAGAAGACAUGCAUAUAGGUGCCCACUGCUCCCUGGGUGCACAUAUGAUAAAGGGGGUCAUCUACAGUUCUCAUUUGGAACCUUCUGUACUGAGUUGCAUAGGCUCUGUAUACAAAUUUAAAAUGUAUAAGUUGGUGAGCCAGGUUCUUAGAGGACAUUAAAAAUAGGGGAUAGCUUAUGUAACUUUAUAUUUAUACCAAGAAAGUUAUUAGACUUUCUGCAGACAUCUAAUGUAUUGGCAAUGAAAUGACCCAUAUGCAGAGAAACAAAAGCGUUGCU